AGUGUGAGCAAAGUCACAGAUCAAAAAUGGGAAUGAGAAAAGAAGGUUCGAAGAAGAUGAACAUCGCCAUCAUACAUCCAGAUCUUGGAAUCGGUGGAGCAGAGAGAUUGAUCGUCGAUGCGGCGGUUGAGCUCGCCUCGCAGGGUCAUAAAGUUCAUGUAUUCACCUCUCACCACGACAAAUCUCGAUGCUUCGAGGAAACUCUCUCUGGAAUCUUUCAAGUAACGGUGUAUGGUUCUUUCCUGCCACGUCACAUCUUCUACCGUCUACACGCGGUGUGUGCUUACUUGAGAUGCUUGUUCGUUGCUCUUUGUGUUCUCUUGGGAUGGUCUUCCUUCGAUGUUGUACUAGCUGACCAGGUCUCAGUCGUUGUCCCUUUGCUGAAACUCAAAAGAUCAUCAAAGGUUGUGUUCUACUGCCACUUCCCUGAUCUCUUGUUAGCUAAGCAUACAACUCCACUUAGGAGGAUGUAUCGUAAACCCAUUGACUUUCUCGAAGAACAAACCACAGGAAUGGCUGAUAUGAUCCUUGUUAACAGCAACUUCACAGCGUCGACAUUUGCAAAAACGUUUAAGCGUCUUCACGCGCGAGGAAGCCGCCCUGCUGUUCUUUACCCUGCAGUAAAUGUCGAUCAGUUCAUUGAACCACACGCUCAUAAGUUGAAUUUUCUCUCCAUAAACCGGUUUGAGAAGAAGAAGAACAUCGAUCUAGCUGUUUCAGCUUUUGCUAUCUUAUGCAAACAUAAGCAAACUCUGAGUGAUGAUGUUACCCUCACCGUUGCUGGCGGAUAUGACGAAAGGCUGAAAGAGAAUGUAGAGUACUUGGAGGAGCUCAAAAGCUUAGCGGAGAAAGAAGGAGUUUCUAACCGAGUAAGCUUCAUCACAUCUUGUUCAACAGCCGAAAGAAACGAGCUCCUCUCUUCCUGCUUGUGCGUCCUCUACACACCAACGGAUGAGCAUUUCGGUAUAGUUCCAUUAGAAGCAAUGGCUGCGUACAAACCCGUGAUAGCCUGCAACAGCGGUGGCCCCGUGGAGACGGUGAAGAGUGGAGAAACAGGGUAUCUCUGUGAACCGAGUCCGGAAGAUUUCAGUUCGGCGAUGGCUAAGUUCGUCGAGGAUCCUGAGCUGGCGAGGAGAAUGGGAAGUGAAGCGAGGAAGCAUGUGGUUGAGUCAUUCUCUGCGAAGACGUUUGGAGAGAAGUUGAAUCAGUAUCUAGUUGAUGUAGUAUCAAGUCCUAAAGAAGACUGAGAUCUUUCGUUAUACAGCAUACGUUUAGAGAGGGUUAAGGCCUUUGUUGUUUGGAUCAAUCAUCUUGAAUUUGAAGAUUGGUUAGUUUCGGUUGA